UCUUGCUAGCUGGUAGCUUAUCAGUAGAACUUUGAAUUUGAAACGAGCUUCGGUUGAGUUUGGUCCGAAAUUAAUGUUUUAAAAAUGACAAUAAUUAGAACUGCUUAGCUGGAGCUGAGUUCGCGUUUUAGGUUAUUUGGUUUCAAAUGGUCCUCAGUUGGCCAGCAGUCUGUAUACAGCGGUCCAUUAACAUAUUGUUAGAAAUAUAUAUAUAUAUUUUAACGUAGACGUUUAUUUACAACAACCGCUUAAUAAUACAUGUUUUAGUAAUGUUUUAGAUAAACUAUGCAGAAUUAUUUACCACGGGGCUGCAUAGUAUUGGAAAAUCCGCCAGCUGAAAUGUUGUUAAAUGUUGCCAUGGCAUCAAAGGUGCUACAGAACUGAAUGAAGUGCUGCCCCCUGCUGGACGGUAAAGUGCUGCCGCUGCUUCCAGGAUGGGCCAGCAAAUCUCAGGUCAGAUAAACCAUCUGCCUGAGAAGCUGGUGAAACAUGCUGGACUGGUCCGAGAGAGCGGCUACCUGACCUACGAGGAGUUCCUGGGCAGAGUAGCUGAGCUUAAUGACGUGACGGCCAAGCUGGCUGCCGGGCAACAGAAGCACCUUCUGUUUGAGGUCCAGCCCGGUUCUGAUGCCUCGGCCUUAUGGAAGGUGGCCGUCCGGAUCGUCUGCACCAAGAUAAACAAGGAGAGCGGAGUGGUGGAGGCGUCUCGCAUCAUGAACCUGUAUCAGUUCAUCCAGCUGUACCGGGACAUCACCAGCCAGGCGGCUGAGGUUCUGUCAGCAGAGGGCGCCGUCAGGGGCUCGUCCGCCCAGCUGCCCUCCACCGACUCCUGCCAGGCCAGCAUGUGGAUGGGGAGGGUGAAGCAGCUGACCGACCAGGAGGAGUGCUGCAUCUGCAUGGACGGAAAGGCCGACCUCAUCCUGCCCUGCGCUCACAGCUUCUGUCAGAAAUGCAUCGACAAAUGGAGCGGCCGCAGCCGGAACUGUCCCAUCUGCCGGCUGCAGGUGACGGCCGCCGACGAUUCGUGGGUGAUGUCCGACUUCCCCUCAGAGGACGAAGUGGUCGGCUACAUCCUGAACCUGGCCGAUGAGGCGGGCCACCCACACCGGCCUUAACACACAGCACACAGUAAGGGAGGCUAGACCUUCACCUGAUUAAACUCACAGUGACACUUUGACUGGGGAGAUCUUUAUGUUCCACGUAAACAGCAACUAGUAGCGUCUUAUUUGUGUUUAAACGGCAGAUACCAAGUCACUGUACAAGGCCUCAAAUUCCCAGAAUGCACUUGGCAGCCUGAGUAUUCCUCCCUGUGUUCUGUGUUGUUCCAAACCGGACUGUGCUCCAUAACACACACACACACACACACGCACGCCCUCACACAGCUCUGGUGAGAAGUUCACAUGUACCUGUCAUCAGCAUGAAUCAUUUUGGGCUUUUAAUGAUGAAUCUGAACUGGCUCAAAUAUACAUUCAGAUAUAAUUCAUAUGAAUUCAUAUUCAGAAAUAGUUUGUGGAUCCCAAGUGGAAAUUAAAGGCACAGUAUUAUGUAAAA